CUGCGCGACAACACACCAACGCUUUCGAAAAUGGCGUCGCAGCUCCUGCCUCUGGAAUUGAUCGACAAGUGCGUCGGGUCCAAGAUAUGGGUGGUCAUGAAGGGCGACAAGGAGUUCAGCGGAACUCUGCUCGGAUUCGAUGACUACGUCAAUAUGGUUCUGGAGGAUGUCACUGAAUUCGAUUACGCCGGCAACAAGACGAAUCUCUCCAAGAUUCUACUGAACGGCAACAACAUCUGCAUGUUAAUUCCUGGUGGGGAGGGCCCGACUGGGGUUUAAAUCUAAACGAUUUCGUUUCAGACCACGUUUGUGGGGUUUGGAACCACACUCGGACUGCUGAGAUGCCCAGUGCCAAGACCAUUAUGAUCUAUCAAUACGGUCACACGAUAGUCGUGGCAUGAGCAGAUGGGAUGGCCUACCUAUGCUGGUCUCGGAACUCAUCAUAGAAGACGGUCUUGUCUCUGCAACGUGGUCGGCGUCCUGGUAAUGAAUAUCUGCCUGAAACAAUACUCUGCCCUCGAGCAGGUACAACUAGAUGAAUUCAAAAUAGCGUGUUAUGCCGACACUGUUCUACUAGGGCU